CUCUCUCCCAACCUAAAACCCCCAACACAAACACAACACAACCUCAGAGCGACCGAACAACCAGACCGAACCGCCAUCAUGUCCGGCGCUCUGAGAAGAAACACAACCCUCACGCGCCUUUUACAUAACCAAUCCGUCAAUCGCCGCCGCUCCCCGGCGUCCCAAUUCCAGUCCAGAGCCUACCUCCGCGGCGCUCCCAACGCCUUCUUCCGUAAACCCAAACACAACCACUCCCUCUUCCCCUCCGCUUUCUUCUCCGCCAAGCCCUCUUCCUCCUCCGCCGCCGAAGCCGCCGAGACCUCCACCGGCCUCGUCGCCUGGUAUCUCGGCCUCGUCAAGAACCGCCCUGUUCUCACCAAGAGCGUCACCGCCGCCCUCAUUUACACCGCCGCCGAUUUGUCCUCCCAGACGAUCGCGAAAUCGGAUACUUAUGAUCCGGUGAGGACAUUGAGAAUGGCGGCGUAUGGGAUGGUGAUCUUGGGGCCUUCUCUACAUUUCUGGUUCAAUUUCAUGGCCAAGACUUUCCCCAAGCGCGAUAUGUUUUCGACUUUGAAGAAAAUGGCCAUGGGGCAAGGAGUUUAUGGUCCUGCCAUGACUGUUGUUUUCUUCUCUGUCAAUGCAUUUCUACAAGGUGAAAAUGUUGGAGAAGUUUUUGAGCGUUUAAAGCGAGACUUGGUACCUACAUUGUUGAGAGGUGUUAUGUACUGGCCAGUAUGUGAUUUUAUCACAUUCAGAUUCAUUCCUGUCCAUUUGCAGACAUUAGUGAGCAAUGGAUUUGCCUAUCUAUGGACCAUAUAUUUGACGUACAUGGCAAACCUGGAGAAAGCAAGUUCAAUAGCUAUUGAUUGACCGUAGUUGCCCAUUCUUUUUGCUCGUCUUCAAGAUUUAUACUUUUCUCCAUGAAUGUGCUGGAAGUUGCUCAUGAUGCGACAUAGUAAACCCUGGCAGAAGUGCUAAUGUGACAUCCAUGGCCAAAACAUGUUUGAAGCUGAAGCUUUGACACUCUAAUUUUGAAUUAGACCGAGUAAAUUCAUUGGUGAUCAUGUGUAGCUACUCAAAGAUUCUUGCACAAUGUUUUUAUGUUAACGGAGCAAUUUAGAGGUUUUGUAAAGUGUGGGGUAAUGUUUUUUGAACUCAGAUAGCAAUCUAUGUUGUUGGAAAGAGAUGCUUUGAACUAUCAGUUAGCAAUCUGUGCUCUUGGAAGAGAUGCUUUUAAGAGUACUGAGUACAGAUAUUGGCUGCAGUCCACU